GCUUCGUUUGGGGGCCACUACUGAAAAAUGACUGAGGCCCCUGGCCUCAGUCAUUGUCUCUUGGAUUUUAAGACAUUUCUCGGUUUUUAGGAUAUUUCUAGGAUUUUUGGACACUUUGGACACAACAUUUCUUGGGGGGGGGCUGGCACCCUAUCAGGGGCCAGAUUUGGCCUGUGGGCCGUAGGUCGAGUAUCACUGGUGUACACAGUGAGACUAGACCAAAAUUUAAGGAUGCAUCAGUUGCAUAACUGUUCAAAAUCCAUGUUGACCAGAGUUUGUAUUAGAGGGGUGUAUGAGUGUACACACACACACACACACACACACACACACACACACACACACACUCAUUCAUCGCUGCUGAAAUUCUAAGAAACUAAAAAACAUACCGCCAUUGUUUGCUUGGAGCUCGACCCGCGGGUCAAAAGCUCAGCCUUGCAGAUCGAUACACUUUCAACACCACUGCCAACCCCCGCACAAAGCCACGAGAACAAAACUUCCCCAAAAGUGGAGUUCUUAUGAGAGAUCAAGCGGCUGCGUCUCUGAUUCAGGUCAAACCGGGAUGGCGAGAGAAGAAAAAGCGAAGAUAUCUGUUACGUGUUCUUGUCUGACAGUGCUGGCGCUGCUGACGGGUCUCGCAGCAGAUCAGUCGGUUCCACCAAAGCCCGAGAACCUCAGCAGAUCUCUGCGAGGGGAACAAGAGGCCAAUCAGCAGCUCAACACAUCAGCCCUAAACACAGCCUUGGCCUUUGAACCUUACCGUCAGCUGGCAACCAGAACCACGGCUGAGCCACAAGUCCGGCACAACAUCUUGUUCUCGCCCCUGGGCCUGGCGUCGGCGCUGGCCCUGCUGUCCCGAGUGUCUGGGUCUGAGAGUCGGAGCCAGGCCCUGGAGGCCCUGGGGCUGGCAGCCAACUCCACAGAGCAGAGCGUGGAGGCCACCAUAUCUGCUCUCACAGAUCUGCAGCACAGCCUGGCCCUGCAGCGGGGAGAGGGCGGAGGUGGGGCUCAAAGGGCAGAGUCUGAGGCUGGAGCUGGAUCGGAGGCGGAGGCUGGGGCCACACUGGGGGUGGACUCUGGAGAGGCAGAUACUGGAGACAGAGCUCAUGUAGAUGAUAUAACAGAGGGGAGGAAUGGGACUGAGGACAGGGUUCAUCCCGAGGCUCAGCUCAGAGUCUGGAGCAGACUUGGUGUUGAUGGAAAACUCUCACAAGACUAUGACAGUUUUUUGUCGAGGCCUCCGCCCGCUGGACCGCCCGCCUUCAACACCAGCUUUGACACGUUGAUGAAAGACUUGGAAGAUUCUGACAAACUCGAACUUAACAAUUAUGUGUAUUUCAAAGGUCGUCAACCGUUCGAGCGGCGCCACACAGUGCCACGGAGCUUCCAGCUGAACGCCACCACCAGCGUGGAGGUCGCCAUGAUGUUUAGGGACGACUCCGCGGAGGUGAUGAUGCUGUACGAUACCAACUGCUCGGCCACCGUGGUGAAGCUGGCGUACACCGACAGGCUGGCCUCGCUGCUGCUGCUCCCUAAAGCCGAGCUGCAGCCCCUGGAGGACUGUCUCUCUGACGGACGCAUGAGGUUUUGGCUCAGCAACGUGAAGCCGGGGCGGGCAGAAAUUCGUUUCCCUAAGUUCCAUCUAAGGAAAUCCUACAGUUUAGAAAGCCUCCUGAGGAGCUCCGGGGUGUCUUCUGUUUUCUCAGACUCUGCCGACUUCUCAGGAAUAUCACAGAAGACGCUGAAACUGGUCAAGGCUCCUCACGAGGUGAUGCUGGAGAUGGAAGAGACCAAGUCAGAAGACGGGGGGAGACCUGACAUCAUGCUGGACUUCUUUGUUCCCCCGAGAAUCACCUUCGACAGACCGUUCAUGCUCAUAAUCUAUGACGAUCUCACAGGGCUCGUCCUGCUCGUCGGGAGAAUUAUCGAUCCCACAGAUGUCUAGACUUAAGUCAACAUCGCUCUUUACUUUUUUAUUUUUCUCAUUAGAUAAUAUUCACUUACAUGACCAGCCCAGUCUCCAGGAGAACAUGUUGGUAUUGUACGUUUCUGCAAAGCACGGAAAUGUUCUUUGUAUAUUUUACACGUAUCAUCAACAUUUCUACAGUGACGCAGAGAGACGCCUGCUGCAGACUUCAGUUCAAGACCAGCAAACAACAAAGCCAGUUUUAGUUUUUGCAAGUCAUUGCAGUGUUUGCAUUGGCAUUUUAGGCCGCAAACGUGGGUGUUAUUUUAUUUUAUUUUUUUUUAUUCGGGAUAGUGCCACAAAAAGCUGUUGUUUUUUAUUGACACAUCUCUGCGUUUCCUCUCGGGAUACCACACAAAAAGCUGUUGUUUUUUUCCAAGACAAAGCUGCGUUUCCUGCAGAGAUAGUGCCACAAAAAGUUAUUGUUUUUAUCGAGACAUUGCUGUUUCCUUAUGUGCUAGUGCCACUAAUAGUGUUUUUUUACUGAGACAUCGCUGCG